GAUUAUGAAGCUCGUCACUCACAAGAGGUGCUUUCGCCUGUUCCAUAUCCUCAAACAUACGUGGAAGAGGUGUUGGCCACCCUUGCGUGCUGCUCUCAACGACCAGAAUUGCCUCUCGUCCCAUCAGGAGAUAAUGACAAUCUUAAUGCAGUCAGGGGCUGUGAAGCUGAAGACCCACAAGAAGUCUGUGUUAGUGCUUCUUCUCCUCCAGGAUGUGUGGAGGAGGUGCUGGACAAGGACAUGGACAUGGAUAGCUCCUCCGACCAAUUGGCAUGGGCUCCUGUACCAUCACCAGAUGAUGAAAUCGUUACUGAAAUGAGGGCUUGUGAGCCUUGUAACAGAGGAGAGGAAUUUGCAAGUGCUCCUAUUUCUCAGGGCAGUAUGCGAGAGGUGCUGGAAUCUAACCACCCCACUUGCUCUCAACAAUUGGAGUUUACUCCCAGGCCAGCACCAGUUGAUGACCAUGUUAAAGCAACCAACAGCAUUCUCGAUACAAAUGAUGACUCUUCCACUGGAUCUUUAACUUCAUCGAGACGUAAAGAGCUGGAAGGCACCGGAUCCAGGUCGGUCCACACACCGGAAUCGCUCCAAAUCUUGAGAACCUGGUGGGAGAAGAAUGAGCUCAUUCCAUAUCCGAGUCAACGAGAAGUCUAUGAAAUGUCACGGAGGACCAACCUUACAUUGCAACAGAUCUCGGACUGGUUCAAGAACGAAAGGAGCAGAAAAUGGAGAGACGAUCCUCGAAAGAAGAAGGCGAAUAGACUGCCACCACGGGCAACACGACUCUUGAGUACAUGGGCAUCCGAACAUCUGAGUCAUCCAAACCCCUCUCGGGAGCAAAGGGAAGAUUUAGCAAAGGAAUCUGGAGUUACCUAUGUGCAGGUUUCGAAUUGGUUCAUGAACUUCCGAAAGAGGAGCAAGGCUCGAAUAAGGAAAGCUAAAGCCUCGAAUAUUCCAUGAAC